AUGGGGUUUUUGCACGAAAUCACUCUUUUUUGUUUGGCGAUCUACACUUUCUGCUCAGUCACUAAGGCAGAUGACUUUCUUGGGUGCGGUGGCUUCGUAAAAUCGGACGUAGAGAUAAAUUUCUCCCGCAUUGAGAUCAAGCUGUACACACGAGCUGGAGCGCUGAAGUAUCAGACGGACUGCGCCCCCAACAAUGGCUACUUCAUGAUCCCAAUCUAUGACAAGGGAGACUUCACACUGAAGGUGGAACCACCGCAGGGGUGGAGCUUUGAGCCCACCAGCGUUGAUCUGCACAUCGACGGCGAAACGGACAAGUGCAGUCGGGGCGAAGACAUCAAUUUCAAGUUCACGGGCUUCAUGCUCAGCGGAAAGGUGCUGAGCAAGGGCCAAUCAGAGGGGCCGGCUGGUGUGUCAGUGUCAUUACAAAGGAAGGGAGGUGACGCGGCCGUGGUCCAAUCACAGACGUCGGCAGGAGGAGGCUACACCUUCAAGCAGGUUUUGCCGGGAGAGUACACCCUAGAAGCCACCCAUCCCAAAUGGACAUUUGUUAAGGCCAGUAUACCAAUCACCAUAGCCAGGGACAGUAGUUUGCCGGCUCCGCCCAUUAUCAUCUCCGGCUAUGAUGUCACAGGUCAUGUGAUGAGCGAGGGAGAGCCAAUCAAGGACGUGCAUUUCCUCCUGUUCUCGGAUACUGUAUCUAAGGAAGAUGUUACCCAGUGCGACACAACCCCAGUUAAAGGCUACACCAACGCGCAGGGCAAGACGCCGCUGUGCAGCGUAACAUCCACCGAGGAAGGGAAGAUAUCGUUUCCAAGUCUGCCCAGCGGCCAAUAUACGAUGGUUCCAUUCUACCAGGGUCAACACAUCACCUUUGAUGUCAUGCCAACAUCCAUGGAUUUCAGUGUAGCUCACGACAGCGUCACUUUACCGACGACGUUCAAAGUGGAAGGAUUCUCUGUCUCAGGACAAGUCUUGGACUCUGAAGGGGGGAAAGGCAUACCAGGAGUCAAGGUCAAAGUUCAAGACAGGUCAGAGGUCACCAGCAAAGUCGACGGAACGUACCAACUGGUCAAGAUUACGUCGGGGACCUAUGUGCUGACGGCCAGCAAAGACAAUAUCUUCUUCGAGCCGGAAACGAUGAAAAUCAAUCCCAAUACACCCAGACUGCCUGAUAUUAUAGCUUCAAGAUUUAGCCUCUGUGGACGCCUAGUCAUCGAUAAGAUGCCACCAACACUGCCCUCUGGAGGCAAGAGGAGGGUCAGUCUCGUACCCGAAGGAGGCUCGGCUAAGGACACCGUCUCCAUAGCGACGGAUAGUGAAGGCGCUUUCUGCUUUAAAGUGAAACCGGGCAGUUAUGUCAUGCAGCCGACCCUCAGCAGUGAGGAAAUGGCGGCCGGUCUGAAGAUUAUCCCGUCAGAGCAGAAGGUCCAGGUGAAAAAUGCGCCAGUCUUCGGCAUCAACUUCUCGCAAUUCAAAGCAGACGUACGGGGAGUCAUUAAAUGCAUUGAUGUUUGCGGAACGCUACAGAUCACCCUUCAUUCGGAGGCUGGGAUGGAGGAGAGAUCGCCGGCCCAGAUAUCCCAGCAGACUAAACAAGCCUCCUUCAAACUCAAAGAUGUCCUGCCUGGAAAAUACAAAGUGUCCGUGAUUCAGAAUCAUUGGUGCUGGGAGACUCCCUCCCUGGACAUUCAGGUGACAGACAGCGACGUGACGUCCUUAGAAUUCACCCAGACUGGGUACCUGCUGCAGUGCCACGUCUCCCAUCCCAUUGCUAUGUUGUACCAUCACACCAAGUCGCCCAAGCAGUCCAAGGAGAUAGAUCUCGCCAAGGGACUGAACCAGUUCUGUCUGGAGAGAUCCGGAUCGUACCAGCUGACGCCGCUAUCCUGCCAUAAGUUUGACCAAGAGUCGUACAACUUUGACACCUCAUCUCCAGCCAUGCUGGCUUUGACGGCUACCAAGCACCUGAUGACUGGCGCCAUCGUUGCUAAGCAACCGUCCUCUGACAUCACGGUCUCCAUCAGGUCAUCCAUUGAAGCAGAACCGUUAGUUCACUUGGGACCGCUGAAGUCACAGAAGGAGCUGGAGGAGGAGGCUAAACCAAAGGCCAAACCCACAAAGAAAGGAAAAGCAACAGCGGCUGAAGAAGAGACUAAGGUGGUGGAGGACACAGGCCCCUCUGUGUAUGAGUUCACCUAUUGGGCCAGAAACGGAGAGCGGCUUGAAAUCACUCCUUCCUCUAAAGUCAUCCUCUUCUACCCAGCGAAGGCACAGGUCACGAUACAGGCUGGUGACGACUGCCUUGGAAAGGUCGUAGAGUUCGAGGGUCGCGCCGGGGUCUUCAUCUCGGGUCAGGUCAAGCCGGGUCUGGGAGGGGUCAAGAUAUCGGUGACCUCGAGGUCACUAGAAGACAAAGAGGUCAGGCCGGCGAUCAACAUUGACACGGCGAAGGACGGACGAUACAGGAUUGGUCCGUUACCAGACACAGCUGAAUAUGAUGUUCAAGCAUCCCUGGAGGGGUAUGUACUAACCAAAGUUGAGGGGACGGUCGGCGAUUUCAAGGCGUCCAAACUCGGUGAAAUUACAAUCCAGGUUGUAGAUGAGGAGGAUGUCCCCCUCCAGGGGGUGCUACUCUCACUCAGCGGCGGGACCUUCCGCAGCAAUAACUUGACGCAGGCCAGUGGCAGUCUGGUCUUCACGGGUCUGGGCCCGGACCAGUACUUCCUGCGUGCUCUGAUGAAGGAGUACAAAUUUGAACCAGGAUCACAGAUGAUCAGUGUUGAGGAGGGUUCGGUCAUCAAACUCAAAAUCAAGGGCUCCAGGGUCGCAUUUAGUUGCUUUGGUGUGGUAGCAUCACUGAACGGAGAGCCCGAGCAGGACAUAGCCCUGGAGGCCCAGGGGGUGGGCGAUUGCGGUCAGGUGGUGGAGGAAGGCAUCUCAGAUCAGGAGGGAAAGUUCAGGAUCCGAGGACUUCAGCCGGAAUGCUCCUACGAGCUGAGACUGAAGUCUGGUGAGGCCAACGGUCACAUUGAGAGGGCCGCUCCCAAAACACAGAUCAUAAAGGUGCAAGGGAAGGACAUAGCUGAUCUUCAUAUCAUUGUCUUCCGUCGCCUCAACCAGUUUGAGAUAGGCGGGAACGUGAUAACGCCCAGUGAACAUUUAGCAACGCUUAAGGUACUAUUAUACAGCGAAGAUAAUCUAGUAUCUCCAGUGCAUACGUUAUCACUAGGCAGUAGCUGUUUCUUCCAGUUCCCCUCGCUACCAAACGACGGAGCGAGGUACGUCAUGCGUCUAGAAUCGUCGUUAUUAAAAUCCAGUUGGGAAUACACUCUACCAGAAGCUAGCUUUAGCACGGAGGGCUACUUCAAGCAUAUCACCUUACAAUUCAACCCAGAGAGACGUUCCGUCGAUCAGGAGGUCUCCAGCGGUUCACAUCUAGCAUUACCCCUCAUAGCUGCACUGAUAGCCAUUGGACUGAACCACGCAAAGCUUUUGCCCAUACUUCAACAACUGGGCCAAAACUUGAAAGGCCUGCGUUCCCCGGGCAGCGCGGAGGGGCGCGACAUGGGCGGGGCCGGCGACCAAGACACCAGACCCAAGAAGAAGCCCAAGACACGCAAGACAUAAAAUGAGCAGGUUUGUAGAAUAGACCAAUCGCGGCUCUCCAGGAGUUUGCCGAUUUGCCACGUUGUCCGGCUUUAAUCAGGAGCCAGAAAAUUUGAGAGAGACUGAAGUAAACAAAGUAAUUUUCUCUG